AUGGAUAAAUUAACGAACAUGAAAUCAAAAUUUCAAACGAUUUUAUACGAGAAAAAAGUAAUUCAUUAUCUAGUUAAACUUCUUUUGAUAAGUUCAACAGUUAUCGUAAGUACUUUAAUUUAUCAACAAAGAACUUUUAUAACUGAAAAAUUCGAAAGAAAACAAUAUCGUAUUGCACAUUGUAUGACAGGAGUUCCUCGAACACUUUAUAAAGAAGAAGUUUAUGUUGCAUAUCGUCGACAAGCAUUGAAUAUUCUUCCCGGUGAUCUUUUUCUUAUUCUUCAAAUGACAAAUAGAACAGAAGAUGUUCAUGGAACAAUUAUUCGUACAAAUCAACCUGAAAGAUAUGAAGCAGCAAUAAAAUAUCUUUCACCGAGAAGAAUUGAAUGGAUUCCUGCUGGAAAUCAUUUAGGAGCUAUUGAAGAUAUUAGUGGAAAUGCAAAAUGGAAACGUUGUUUAGAUCAUAUUGAACAAGUUGAAAAAGAAAAUCAAUUUCAAUAUGAUUUUAUUGUUCGAACUCGUCCUGAUUUAUUUAUUGCAAAAGAUUUACCAACAGCAGAUAUUUUACCGCAUGAUCGAAUUUUAAUAAAUCCAUAUUAUGAAUGUAUUCAAAUCGAUAUUCUUCAAGGUUAUACACAAAUCUGGUCUGAUAUUCCACUUCCUUGUAAUAAGAAAAAUUAUGGUUUAUCGGAUUUAUUUGCGAUUUUACCACGAAAAUUAGCUCAACCUUAUCUGAAUGUUGCAUUUACACCAAAUCUUCCACGUCAUGUUUGUGGUCAAGGUUAUAUGCAUGUAGAAUGUCCAAUACGAGCUGUUCUUUAUAAAGCAAAUAUCACAUUUGAACUUUGGCCUUUUGUUAUCAAAAUUAUGCGAUCAAAUCAAUUUUGUCAUUUAAACGCUUGGAAUCGUUUUAAUAGUUGGUGUUAA